CAGUCGGCCACGGCCAGUCAGUUGUUGUGCUGGGCGGGUGCAAGGAGGAGGGGAGCAUAUGUAUUGAAACGUUUAGUGCUUUCAUUGUGGGUCAAAGGAUUUAUUAACACCAUGAAGAUUGUAGCAGCAACUCCACCACCUUCACAGCCUAUGAGCGGUCUGAAAUUGGGAAUAGUUCGACUAGGAAGAGCAGCGGGCAAGACCAAAUAUGCACUCCUGGACGAGAGAGACAUCUGCCUGGUCCAACAAUUCGCCUUCGAAGCACGAGUCGAGAUCAACCGAGACGGGAACGGGGCCGCGAUCUACGCCUGGGCUUACGACAUCACUCGCGGCAGGACCUCGGGCCAGUACGUCCACGACCUCCUCUGGGAAACACACAGAGGAGGAAUUGCAUCUGGAUGGAGAGUAGUGCAUCUAAACCAAGUAACUGUAGAUAACAGAUUAGACAAUUUAGCAUUAGUGCCUGUAGGAGCCAAGCAGCCCUCAACCCCAUCUCCCACAACUCCAAGGGACCAAUCGCUCUACUGGGUUGCGAUCCAGCAAUUACCUGCUGAUCCUGUGGAGGAGCAAUAUGGGGAUUUUGUAGUAACACGAUACUUCAAUGCAAAUGGUGAAGUGGUGGAGGAAGAGGAGGAUUGUUACUUUGAAUGUCGAUAUCCUCCUUGCACGAAUAUAGAAAAGGAACUACGAGAGUUUUCAAUAUGUGGGAGAUGUCAGGAAGCAAGGUACUGCGGCACAUAUUGUCAACAGAAGGACUGGCCAGUGCACAAGAAACUCUGUCGAGAAAAGCGUCGGCCUUGUUUGACAGAGCGACCUCCAGAGCGUUAACCACACCUGCACUAGUCACACCCUGGGUUGCCUCCUGUCUUAUAUGCUGUGACCAGUCCUGUAGCAAGGACUCAUGACAGUUCUCCAAUACAGUGGCACACCAGGUAUUAUGUAUUAUAGAUGUUAACCAUCAUACUUUUACUUCAUUUGGUAAACAAAGUUUUGUUUGAAUUUCAUAAUUACUGCAAGUUUGAGGUCAAAGAUAGAUGGCAUUUAAUACUUUUCAAGGCGUAUCUUCAUGUGAAAUGUGUACGUAUUGUGGUGGUUAUCUAAUUAUGUGAAUUGAAGAAAGUAUGUCCAAUGACCAGAUUUUAUUUACAAUGGUUAUAAAAUUAUUUAUUGUUUUAUACUGUUUUAGGAAAAUAACUCAGCCACCUUUUAAUAAUAUGGAAAAGCUGAGAAUCCUGGCAUAUGUAAGAAUUCUGAGACUUUUCCCAGUUCACAUGAAAAUUAGUAACAAAGACGACAAAUAAGUUGUGGCACAAGAAACAGGAUGGUGUGAUACACGAGUUCUUUGUGCCUGAUGUGCAAUGCUUGCUCAACCAUUCAUUCCAUAGGAGUUGUGCUGCAGGGCUGGUGAGUGGUGGUGCCUAACGCUGCAAAAGUGGGUAUGCAGGUCACGAUUUAUUUCACCGGAUGUACAAACAACUCUGAACCAUGUCCUGUUAAGCAUUCCUGUGUGGGAAUGGUAUUUAUUGUGAAAAUAUUUAUUCCAUUAACCUUAGUUUCCUGUGUAAAUGCAGCAGCUGGAGGUGUGUUGUCCGUCCAAGAGUCACUGCUUGAAGAUGACCAUGAUGAACUGUGGAUUGAAAACAAGAGUUGGAAGUGUUGACUCAUUAAUAUUCUGUAUGUUUGCUGCUUUGGGGAAUUUUUUAUGGCAAUAGUUAUGUGGUGUUCCUCAUUCAGCCAAAGGAUGUCAGUCAUGUUCUUGUAAAAUAAAGGAUACUUACCACUU